UGGGACAUAUAGCUACGCGCCGGUUUCAUACUCUGAUGUGUCAUGAUGUGUGUGUUAUGUCGAUACGUGUUGCUGUCAUAUAAAUAAUGUGACGAAGUUGUCAUAAAAUUGAACUAUUUAGACAGAGGGACACGCAUUCUGGAGGGCACUAGCAAAUCUGGAUGGACUACUGAGGACAGUCUAAACCUGUGACUUUACGAGACUCGUAACUGAUCAGAGCUCAUUGAUUCUGUCAGAGAUGCAGACGUUCGUAAAAGGAAAGAGAGUUGGAUACUGGCUCAGCGAGAAGAAGAUUAAAAAACUCAGUUUCCAGACCUUCGUGGAUUUGUGCAGGAAACAAGGCAUAGAGAUGAUCCAGCUGGAUCUGAGCCAGCCAAUAGAGAAGCAGGGACCAUUUGAUGUCAUCAUCCACAAGCUGACCGACCACAUUGUUGAUGCUGACCAGAAUGUCACAGAGUCGAUGCUACUUGUUCAGGGUGUUCAGGACUACAUAGAUGCUCACCCUGAAACAGUGAUUCUGGACCCUCUUCCAGCCAUUCGUACCCUGCUGGACCGCUGCAAGUCAUACACUCUAAUCCAUAAACUUGAAGACUGCAUGCAAGAUGACAGAAUCUGCUCACCUCCAUUCAUAGUUCUCAAGAGUGAAUGUGGCACUGAGACUCUGGAGCAACUCCACAAACAUGGAAUCACAUUUCCUUUCAUUUGCAAAACCCAGGUAGCUCAUGGCAUUAACUCCCAUGAGAUGGCCAUCAUAUUUAGUGAGGAAGAUCUGAAAGACAUAAAGCCCCCAUGUGUCCUCCAGAGCUUCAUCAACCAUAAUGCAGUGCUGUACAAGGUGUUUGUAGUGGGAGAGGCCUACAGCGUGGUGCAUCGGCCCUCCAUUAGGAACUUCCCAUCAGGACCCACAGACAGGAGAGCAAUAUCUUUUAACAGUCAUCAUGUGUCCAAACCAGAGUCCUCGUCUCACCUGACCUUCAGGGACAACAUGGAGGGCCAGUACUGGGCACCCAGAAAUGAUGUCAUUCAGAAGAUUUCCAGAAGGUUACGACAGGCCCUCGGCAUUUCUCUGUUCGGAAUUGACAUCAUUAUCAACAACCAGACCGGCCAGCACGCCGUCAUCGAUAUCAACGCAUUCCCAGGUUACGAGGGAGUGCCCGAGUUUUUCGAUGACCUGUUGAGUCAUAUCACCAGCGUCCUGCAAGGUCAGGCAUCUAUCGGAGUGGCAUGCGGUCACCUGAGAGUGAACGGGAUGGCGCAGAGCCCGUCAGUUGCCUGCGGGAUGCACUGUGGCUUGCUGGGAAAUGAAAGCAGUUGGUUGAUGGACAGCGAGGGGAUAAAGAAGGGUCCCCAUCAAGGACUGAGUUGUGGCGGUGCUUGCAUGGCUCCAAACUUUCACCAGCAUGGCAGGUCCAAUUUAGCAGCGGAGACGUCUUCACAGUGACACGGAGAGCCAAAGCAAUAUGAAUAUUUCAUUACCGUUCACAUACCAAAAAAACCCUUAUUAAAGGGUAGGUGUAGUAUAGAAAAGUCAUUUGUGCCAAAUGUGAAUUGUGUUAGAAAUGAUUAAAUGUGUAUUGAUUGUC